CAGGAGGAGGAGGCAGACUCUAAAGCCCAGCCUGCCUUUCACUUUCCGAGGACGUCGAGCUGCUCUGAGUGUGUGGAGCUUUUUACUGCAGCCCGGGAACCUCCAUUUAUCUCCUUCAGAACUUCAGUAAAGAGCGGAACUAUGGCCCAGUUUAACAAGGGUCCGGCGUACGGCCUGUCUGCGGAAGUUAGAAGCAAGAUUGCUCAGAAGUAUGACACUCAGAAGGAGGAGGAGCUACGCUACUGGAUCGAGGAGGUGACCGGCAUGCCGAUCGGAGAGAACUUCCAGAUGGGGCUGAAGGACGGAGUCAUCCUCUGCGAGCUCAUCAAUAAACUACAGCCCGGCUCUAUAAAGAAAAUCAACCAUUCCAAACUCAACUGGCACAAGCUCGAGAACCUGGGCAACUUCAUCAAAGCCAUUCUUGCAUAUGGCCUGAAGCCUAAUGACAUAUUUGAAGCCAAUGACCUGUUUGAGAGUGGAAACCUGACUCAGGUCCAGACGACUCUGCUCGCUCUGGCCAGCAUGGCAAAAACCAAAGGUAUGGACACCAAGAUAGAUAUUGGUGUGAAAUAUGCAGAUAAGCAAGAGCGCAGCUUCAACGAUGAGAAGAUGAAGGCCGGCCACUGUGUUAUCGGAUUACAGAUGGGUACGAAUAAAUGUGCUAGUCAGGCUGGAAUGACGGCCUACGGCACCCGAAGACACCUAUAUGACCCAAAGACCCAAACAGACAAACCCUACGACCAGACCACCAUUAGUCUCCAAAUGGGUACAAACAAGGGAGCGAGUCAGGCUGGUAUGUCUGCCCCCGGCACCAGGAGGGACAUCUUCGACCAGAAAGUGGCUCAGCAGCCGAUGGACAACUCCACCAUCUCCCUGCAGAUGGGCACCAACAAGACGGCGUCUCAGAAGGGCAUGAGCGUGUACGGCCUGGGCAGACAGAUCUACGACCCCAAAUACUGCUCCUCCCCCACCGAGCCCGCCCCCCACUCCAACGGCAGCCAGGGCACCCGCACCAACUCCGAGAUCAGCGACGCCGACUACCAGGCCGACUACCAGGGGGAGUACCACCACGAGUACCAGCCGCAGUACCAGGAGGAGUACCGGGGCCACUAUGACCAGGGCAUCGAUUAUUAGUUAGACCUCUGGAGCUCAGUGUUAAAGGAACAGCUCUGAGAGUCUGGGAGAGGCGAGAGCUCAUGUUGCCAACAGUGAUCGAGUUGAAUGAUCAGCCAAUGAUCAGCUAACAACAGAAAGAUCAGUCCAGCAGCUGCUUCUGUUCACUGUGUAUUAUUAGCCUUUUGUAGCCAAGCUGUUCCUUUAAGAGAUGAAUGUCCUUAUUUUUAUUAUUAUUUUUAUUUUUUUUGUCCUUUUUUUAUUUCAACAGGGCAAGAUUACUUUCCUUGCUGGCCUUCAUGUGUUUUUUUUUUCUUCUUUAUAUCGAGGGAGCUUAAUUUUUUUUUUUUUAAUAAUAAUAAUCAUUCCUUUUUAGACUAUCAGUAUUUUUUUUUUGUUUUUGUUUUUUUUUUUAUUUAGGAUUUUUUUUUUUCUCAUUAUUAUUUCAAAGCUUUAGAAUAUUUUUUUAGGUAUGAUACAAUACAAUGAUACAGAUAUGCAACCACCCGGAUCAAAAUUAAAGCCCUAGCAACCAAAAGGAAUACCAUAGCAACACCCUAGCAACAUCAUACAACAUAAUACACACUUGAAACUAUUAAUGAUACAGUUACAGUAUAACAUCUGCACCGACCUGUGAUUGGUCAUUUUGGAACGACCACCAGAGUCACCAAAUCAUGUUUCCACAUUAUUCCAGAUGGUUGCAAUAAAAAUGGUUGGUUAUAAUCAUUCCUUAUUAAAUUAUGUUUUUAUUUUAUUAUUAUUUUUUAGGAUUUUGUUUUAUUUUUAGUUACACAGAAAUCUGUCUUAUUAUUAUCUCAAAGCUUUAGAACCUUUUUUAGGUAUGAUACAAUACAAUGAUGCAGAUAUGCAACCACCCGGAUCAAAAUUAAAGCCCUAGCAACCAAAAGGAAUACCAUAGCAACACCCUAGCAACAUCAUACAACAUAAUACACACUUGAAACUAUUAAUGAUACAGUUACAGUAUAACAUCUGCACCGAUCUGUGAUUGGUCAUUUUGGAACUUCCAAAGUUUCCACAUUAUUCCAGAUGGUUGAAAAUAAAAUUGGUUGGUAAAAUGUCGUUUUUAAUCAGCAUUCCUUUUAGAUUAUCAGUAUUUUCUCUUUUUUAUUUAGGAUUUUUUAGGUACACAGAGAACUGUCUUAUUGUUGUUAUUUUAAGGCUUUAGAAUCUUUUUUGGUACUUUUUAAAUGACCAUUUUUAAAGACGUGUGUGUUUUUUUAAGGCUGAGCAUAAUGACCGAUAGCCAUAGCACUAUCUAUUGAGCCUUUAUCUAGACUCUCUCUCCUUUUUUUCUCUCUCUCUCUUUCUCUCUCUCUCUCUCUCUGUCUCUCUCUCUGUUUGUUGUGCUGAAAUCCUUGAACUUGACCACAGCGGUGGGAGGGGUGAGAGCAGCUAUUCCCAAAAGGUUGUGUAGUUCCCAGGCUAGGCCAAGGACCAGACUGUUGCUGUUUUAGAGUAGUUUUAAAGUACAAACCCUGUUUUUAACCCUGUAAAUUCUACACUUUUAAAGGAGAACCCUGGUCUGAAAUUGACCUGAGGUGUAGUGAACCAUGGUGACUAGUAGGAACUUUUGUUGAAUAGCUCACCUCUGUUUUUCUUUAGCAUGCUGAAAUACAGCACUUUUAGCUGAUGCUCCCAACAGGCUUACAAUUCAAGCAAUAGGGGCAUAAAGUUAUUUAUGCAAAGAAAUUGCUAUUUUUACACAGUUAGCAUCAAGCUAACUAGGCACUGAAAGCUUUGAAAGAGCACAGAUGAUUAUAGUUUGGUUCAAAAGUGCCUAAUAAUAAUUUUCAGCAUGGGCAACUCUAUGCCCCUAUCACUUGCAUUGUAAGCCUGUUGGGAGCCUCAGUUAAAAGCGAUGUAUUUCAGAAUGCUGAGGAAAAAUGGAGGUGAGCUAUUUUACGUACGUUUGUACUCUUUUUCAUGUUUCACUACAACCCAAGUCCAUUUCACACCAGACUUCUCCUUUAAAAGAAGAGAUUAAGCCAGGUUUCGGACUACACAGCUUAAUCAGUGGAAAUUCAGUACUUUUAUAGCAACACACAAAUUACUUCAGUACUCCAGAGUAUCACAAUACCCAAAUUCAGUACUCAAGUAGUUAAAUCUACGCAUGCUUGUACACUCCUUCUUGCACUUCUUGCUACUCCCAUUUCUGGUUAAGCCACACCCACUGUAAUAUUUAAUAAGAAUUCAUACUGAAGUCAAGAUAUGUUUGUAGCUAUGAGAGAGUAUGGAAAGAGGAAAUUUUGAAACAAAGCUCAGCCCUGCAGAUGACUCCUUAAAUAAAAAUAAAAAAGGCUUAAAUUUGUUAACCUUUUAUAAACAAACAAAAAAAUAAAAUCUGUGCAGAUUUAAUGUGCAUUUAUUGCUUGUGCCAUAUUACCACUGUUUUAGAAACCCUGCCCAUUGCUUUGUCCUCAUGUAUUUAUUGCCGUUGUCUGUCAAUAGAGACCUGCAGUCCUGUUGAGUAAUUUUUUAUGAAUAAAUUUUUACAUUUCAAA